UCUCCUAUCAACAUAAAUGCGCAGUCCGACCCGACCCGACCAGUUCAUACCUGUUCGGGUAUUGAAGAAAAACACAGGCAAUGAAACCCAUCAAUCCGUACUCAUCUACUGUCACCUCUAUCUUUGAUUUGAUUGUUUAUCAACUUCCCAAGAGGGUUUCGAUAAUCAAUUUCUUUCCCGCCAAAAUACUCAUUUCAAAUUCACCCCCAAAACUAACUGAUUCCACCACAUUCAAACGUGUUCUGGCAACUGCUACUCAGAUUAGAUGGCCUUCUGGGGGGUUUAUUUGAAGCCCAAUGAACCUUACACACUACGGUAUGACUAUGACGCUGUUCCGAACAGACUUCGCAUUACUCAGGCUACACUUGGAGAUGCUACACGUAAUUCACCAGCGAGGAGUAUUGUAAGAUGUUCAGUAGGUGAUAAACCUGCAAUAGCUAUUUGUUCAUUGUCAAUAAAAGAGUUGACUUGUUGUCAACUAGAGCUUGAAUUUGAGGAAUCCCAUGAUGUUGUUUUCUCUGUCAUGGGCCCACGAGGAGUGUAUCUUGCUGGUUAUUUAGUCGCUUCUGCUCCCGCUGCUCAUCAGCUCUCAAUCGAUCAUAAGGGGAAGGAGGAAACAACCAUGGAGAUAGCUGGUUGUAGCGAUCAUGAUUUACGCAAGGAUGAACUUGAUUCUGAUAAAACAGGUCACAUUAAAGAAUCAAUCGAUGUUCAAAACACACGCAUUGAACGUUCUGAUAAAAACAUUGAAGGUGGGAAACGUCUGCUAAAAUGUUCUAGGGACAAAAACGUAGACGGAAACAUCAUAACUCUUAAGCAGAAAACAGGAAAGGAUGGCAAUGAAGGUUCUAGUAAUGAAGAUCAAGAUAAAACCAUUGCUGUGAAAACACAUUCAGUGUUUGGUAGACUUCUUGAAAAGAAAAGCAGACAUGCUACUGAAAGGAGGAAGAUGAAUCAGAAUAGGAAAAGGAAAAGGAAACAGAGUAGUUCAGAAGCAACAGCCAGCAAAUAUGUUGAUUUAUGGGGUUCUGGUGCUCAUGAAGGAAACCGUGAGAAUCUGAGGGAGAGGAAGAAGAAACGUAAGGCAAAGACUGUAGCAGGAAGAAAAGAAAAUUUGUGUUUGUGAAGAUGGUCGGGUUGUAAAUGGAUCAAUCAGAUUACAGACUCUGGUUCAGUAGAUUUUUGUUUAAGUGUCACAUUGCCUUUCAGUUGUUUUUGUGGUCAUGAGUAGAUUCAGUUCAUUUUUGCUCAAAUGUCUUGUAAUGACCAUAUCAAUGGUUAGAACUUAGAAUUGAGGGAGGGAAUUUUGGUCCAUAAUUUGAUAACUUGUUCUAGAAAAGUACUAUAAAAUAGAUGCUUUUGUAUGUUGAAUUAGAAAA